AUGAUUCGAAGCAAACAAAAUAUUCCAAUCAUCAGUCGGAAGUUUCUUCCUAUUGCUACCGCUGAUUUUGCUUCUUUUCGUCGAAUUUUAUCGUGGAUUACGCUUAUUGGUACUAUUUUACUUGCUACAUCUACACUUAUUGUAAAAUGGAUUAUUUUAAAACCAAUUCAUGAAGAAAUCGUUGAUAAAUUUAAGAAAGCACAACCAAUUUUUUUCACGCGACAUUCAAUUUGUCGAAUUAUUGAUUUGAAAGCUGAAUUUAAUCUAUUUACUUUUCCUCUUGCCUGUUUCAUUAUUUUACUUUUCACUAUAACAACAAAACGUGUUUCAUUUCAAGGAAGAAAAUACUGUAAAGGUUAUAUUGGUAUUCCAAUACCGCUAGACUGUUUUGCUCAUGUGAAACGAACAUUGGCAGCUGUAAUAUUUGCUAUUUUUGCUGAUGAAUUAUUAAAUAUUGCAAACGAGGUAUUGAAAGGAAGCAGUCCAUCAUCAAAUAAAGGUGUCGCAAUAAUUUAUCUUCUUCAAAUCCUAAGAGUUUUUGUUAUUGGUUUUCGAUGCUAUCCUACCUUAGCAGCUGUCUACAUUGAUACUUGGUUCAGUUUAAUUUGUGCUACUGUAUAUGUAUGGUUCGAUUUUAGUAUUACUAUUGUUUAUACUGGUCUAUGUCAGAAUGAUUAUUAUUCAUCAGAGGAUGAUUAUAAAAAAGCAAACGUGAGUAAAACAGUGACAUAUUUACAAUACUAUGGCACAGAAUUGAACUUAUUAUUGUUUCAACUAUUAACGGAUAUUCCUCGUUAUUUAUGUUUAUCUUAUAUUAGCAUUAAACUACCAAUGUUACUUUUCAAACGAAUUCGACAUAAACAUGUGAGAGACAGACAAUUAACACGUGAACAACGAACUCUUUUAUAUUCAUCGUUACCAUAUUCAGUUGAAGCACAAUAUGUUAAAAAUUUAUUUGGAAUGAGCAAUACAAAGUUUUGUGUACAAGGCCCUCCACUACUUGAUACAAUCCGUAAGAGUAGCCAAGAAGUGGCUAAUCUACUUUCAAAAUUGACAAACACACCCGAUCCUAACUUGCAGACAGAUGAAAAUCCAUUAUCUGAUUUUCCUCUACCCGAUUUUGUUCGGCCUUAUUUGAUUGCUUUUAUUGCUGCGUUAUUUAUAACACUUGUACAGCUAUUGAUUAUGUGUGCUGGUAUUCGUCGAAAUCUUUUGCAAGCAUUUCGUGGUGAUGAUAGUGAAAUUCCACGACGUAUUUCUUCAGAAAAUAUUAAUUAUAUUACGGGAACCUUUCAUUUUGCUGGUUAUUUAAUUGGUUAUGUUAUAGUGGGUUAUAUAUUUCUAGCAAUUUUUCUAUUCAUUAUAUUAAUGUCAAUUGAUGCAUUCAUAACAUAUGGAAAUGUGAAAUUUCUUGAGACUAUUCUCAAAAUUACUAUUCCUACUUUACUUCUUGUCUUUUUUAAGACGUAUGUAAACAAAAUUUUGGGUCAUUAUAUAUUUCUACAACAUGCCGGAAAGGUUUUAUCAAUUAAUAAUCGACGAGCAUUUAUGGUGUUUGUAUAUUUUAAUUUUUUUCUUGAUGCUUUUUUGGGUUUUGUUGCAGCUAUAGUGCGUAUAUUGAGAAGUAUUGUCGGCGGAAUUUUGUACAUGUGUCGUCUCGAUUAUUCGCCAUUAGGUCGGAAAUUAGAAACUAUUGAUUCAGGUUUCAGUGCAUAUUGUGGAUUUAUUUUUGUGGAAUGCGCUCAUCGACAUCCUGUCUUACUUUAUUUUGUUAGUCAUCUUCUUCGUUGUCAUCUUUAUCCGACAAACACAAAACGACUAUCAAAAGCAAGACAUAAAUGGUAUGUUGCAGUAUUUUUAUUGAAUAAUCCAACAUUGAUUUAUCGACGAAAACGAUUUCUAACACGUUUACAAGAGAAUGAAUUGAAAAUGAUGUUAAUUGGAAAAAAGAAUAUAAAUGAAAUUUAUAUUGAACAACCACCUAUUUUAGCUCACCGAGCAAGUGUUAUUUCAGUGAAACAUUUAGAAGACUUAUGGGAACGACAUAAAUUCUAA